AUGAACUGGAUCUUCUCGUUUGGUGAUAACUUGUUUGGGCUCGAAGUUAUUCUCAUAUCUCUAGCGUUAUUACGAUACCUUCGUGAAUCUGAGAACGACACGACAACCACCUAUUCUGAUUCGCAGCGUCGUGUUUCAUCAUCUCCAUCGUCGAUUCCACCGCUAACAGACGUUGUGGAUGCACAACCGGCCACUUCAGUGGUGUCGUUCACAUCGCCAUUGUACGAACCACCUCCAGCUCAAUCUCAAACCUCAGCUUGCAUGGCCGAAUCGUCUCCUGGACAGACUAGUCGACGAUUAGCUGAAUUUAUGAUCGAUUUCGAUCGAUCCAGAUAUGUUUAA